AUGAUGACCAAACGUCCAAGCGAGCUGAAGAUGGCAUUGAAGAUCUUUUGGGCCUCAGAAUGGAUCUGGGCAACCGCAACAGUCUGCUUCCGUCUAGCAAUCCUUAUGCUGUAUAUUGAAAUCUUCUCUGGCAACAAGAAGUUUGCACAGUGCGCCAUUGGUGUUGGAGGACUAGUUGCCCUCUAUUGGGUGGCAACGGUCUUCACCCUUUCCCUUGUCUGCCGACCAAUACAAUACAACUGGAAUCGCAAGAUCUCAGGAAGCUGCGGGAAUAUACGGAAGAUCCAGUAUGCAUCUGCAGGCUUCAAUAUGGGGAUGGAUCUUCUUGUCGUACUCCUGCCGCUGCCUGUCGUCUGGAAACUGCGAAUGUCCAGUCGAAAGAAGAUUGGCGUCACCACAUCGUUCGCGAUUGGAAUUCUCACAGCAGGUAUCAAUCUGGCUCGCAUUGUCCAAACCAGAAUGUGCCCAUCGGAUGACCCAAUUUGGUGCGUGAGAGAUGGAUCGCUUUUAAUGAUGGCAGAAAUGACCGCUGGGAUCUGGGUAGCCUGUGUCCCAACAUUUGGACCGCUGGUCUUUCGACGGAAGAAGGUAUUCACGCGUCAGCAUCACCUGCCGACCAUCGGGUCAGCCCGAAUUCGCCCACGUCGCACGAUGAAACACGACCCUCUCCUUUCCACAGUCGAUCACAGCCAUCAAGACACCGAGAGAACAGAAGUCUGGCCCCACGAGCCUGCGGUGGGUCCCGAUACAGGAGAAGCAAACAAACAAGAGCUCUCGCAGAAUUCCGAAUCUAGCUUGAAAAUACCUUCGCGGGUGUGGGAGACCUCGAAUGUCUGA